AUGAAGCGUUAUAAGUUCUUUGCUUUGGUAUUUCGUAAUUCUGCAACAAAUGACAGAGCAAAAAGUGCCUUAUAUAGUGAUGUCACAGUCCAUUUAUUUUAUUUUUCUAGUGAAACUGAAAAAGUUACUUUAUACAAAAAGUAUCUCAAGCUGGAAUGCCCUACAGCUUCCUGUAGAAUUAAGCUGCUCUCCAUUGGUGAAAAACAAAGGGUACUCAUCAGUAAAAUAAUUGUACAAGUGAAAGCAGUGUCUGCAAAACUAGCAACUGAUUUUCCUUCACUAGGAUCAAGCAUAGAUCUAAACAGAGUGCAAACUAUAAUGGAAUCUAUGGGGUCAAAGUUGUCUCCAGGUGCUCAGCAGCUCAUGGACAUGGUUCGAUUUCAGCAGAAAAACAGUUUACCUCUUGGAGACAAACUUAAUUGGAUCUUUGAGAAAAAUUCUGACUUUGAAGAUGAACAUCCAGUAGAUGGAUUACAUGGUGCAGCUAUUCAGACAUCGUUAGAUCCGUCAUCCACUGAACCUUUGCCUGUUAUAAACUGUUUAUCAAGUGAAGCAGUAUAUGAAGACUUAAAAAAAAAUCUUGAUCUAAACGCACAGAUACCUGAAAGAGAGAAUGCUUCUGAUUCUGGAAGACUUACUACUCAGCAAAACAUGCUGAACCCCAGAAAUGAUUUUAAAGUCAUGGGUUCUUUGAUUAUGCAGGAGCAAACAGGUGAAAAUCCAAAUAUAACUAAUCCGAGGGAGCUUCUUCCUUUUCUUCAAAACUUAUGUCGCCAGGUAAAUCAUCUUCGCCUAAAAGAUGGAAAUAAGCAUUUUGAGAAAAAUGUUGUGACUAAAGAAGAAGGCAUUCAGAGUGUUGGAGUGGAACAACAGCCUAUUUGUUCCUACUUGGAAAAGAUCAUCUCAAAAAAUAUGGAUCUGAUGGAGAAAAAACUAAUGGACUAUAUUGAUCGCCAAAUCCAGACUCUUCAGACACAUAUAGAUAACAAAAUGGUUCUGUUAAUGGACUUAAUUCAGAACUCAAAGCCACACAAAAUUUCACAAACACACUCUGAUUCUAGUGAGGGAUUCUCAAAUGGAGAGAGAUAGAUGUAUGUAGAUAUAGGACUGCAACGUAAGUAUUUUUUCAAGAGCAGUUAUACUUUAAAAAGUUUAGUAUUUAUGGGAUUAUAACUGUAAAGAACCUCAGUGUUGUUGACUUGCAUUGGUUACUGUAAUUCUAUCCACUGUUGUACACUGUUGUUUUCUGAAAGAUCUUAAUGUAUGUUUUUCCUAAAUAUAAGAAUUUUGUAUGCCCUUUGUGGCUUAUUUCCUGAAAGAGCAUUAGUAAAAGCCAUGUGGAAUACGGUAUUCCAGUUUCAGCUUGAACAAUGGGGAGAAGUACUCUAAAUAAACUGUGUUACAACUUA